UGUCACUGCCCCCAUCCCCACCUCCAUCGACUCGUUGCUUUCCGGUCGCGGUCUGCGCAGUCAAGGCUAUUAUUUCUCUUCCUUACCAGAUCCAGGUCAUCGGGUUCUUACGAUACCUGGAUUAACUUGCAGCUUUCACAAUCGCAUCUCAAAUUGGGUUUGAGAACCAUAAUUCCACACAUUACUGCAUCUUCUCAGCAAGGUCCUUGGUCGACUGGUACAUCAAGUUAGACGAAAAAUAUGUCUGGAAUGUUUGGAGGGGGGACGACCAACUCAUAUGAUGAUAUAGUAGCGAAAACGACCGAUGAGAAUCUUACAACAGAAAAUUGGGAACUCAUACUCAACCUGUGUGACAAAGUGGCAGAUGAAGGGGCAGAAGGGGCACAUAAUGUCAUCGCGGCGACAUUGAAACGGCUCGCACACCGUAACCCGAACGUACAACUCUACACCUUAUCUCUCGUUGAGGCACUGUCCAAAAAUUGUGGUCUCGAGGUCCACAAGGAAAUUGCGUCCAGAGCAUUCACGCAGGGUCUGGAAAAGCUGGUCACGGAUAGGAACACUCAUGAGAAAGUUAGUCGGAAAACACUCGAACUGAUCACAAUGUGGACCGCCGAGUUCGAGAACGAUCCACAGUUGGGUGUGAUGGAAGACUGUUUUAACAAUUUGAAGGCCAAAAACUACAAAUACGAACCUCCCAACGAAGUGCCUCCGCCAGCGGUAGACGACGAAAUCCGACGGAAAGAAGAAGAAGAGCUCCAACGUGUUCUUGAGAUGAGCAUGACGGACAAAGGCGGUCGAGGUCAAUGGGACAUUUACGGACCUUCUGGGAGCAGUAGCGGUGGCGGAUCAGGUGUCGGAAGCUCUAGCAACCUUGCUUCUGGCAGUGGUGCAGGUACAGGUGCAGGUUCUUCGUCAACAGCGCCGUAUAGCGGAUAUGGAGGCGGUUCCGGACCUGGUUAUGUACCAGCUCCAGAGAGGAAGUCAUCCUUACCUACUCCUGCGGGUUAUACUUCGACAAGUGGUUCAUCUUCAUCGCAUGGACAUGGCAGUGUUGGUGCUGCAACCACCGCCACCGCUACCUCUGCUACCACUCGCCGUGCUUCAACCCCGAUGGUGUCGGAAAAUCCUAUCGUGACACGUGUGAGGGCCUUACACACGUUUGAGCCUUCAGAGGCAGGAGAGUUAGGUUUCCAGAAGGGAGAUAUCAUCAAGGUUGUCGAUCGUGGGUAUAAGGACUGGUGGAGAGGUCAGCUCAAAGGACGGACAGGUAUAUUCCCUGUCAACUACGUGGAACCGAUGCCCGAACCUACAGCCUCCGAGCUUGCUCGGGAGGCUGAACAAGAAGCCGCUGUGUUUGCUCAGGCCGUCAACGUUGAGAAGUUGCUAAACAUGUUGAAGGCGUUGGAUCCUCAGCACGAUAAUCUAGCCGAUAACGAGGAAAUACAAGAAUUGUACAGAUCAAGUAUGGCGUUGAGACCCAAGAUCGUGAAGCUCAUCGACAAGUACAGCCAGAAACGGGCCGAUUUGGUAUCGAUGAACGAAACGUUCGUCCGAGCAAGGACAAUUUUCGACCAAAUGAUGGAAGAGAGUUUGGCUCGACACACUGGUGGUUACGAUCCUGCCUACCGACCACCGACUGCUGGACCUUAUAUUGACCCUCGUUCACAUCCCGACUAUGGUACCUCUCCUACUCCUGCGCCAGCUGGAUACGGACCUGGACCUGGAUCUGCGGGUCCUUGGGGUGCUCCUCAAGGUUACCCUCAUUUUCCUCAGGCUCAAACGCCCGGCGUAGCCCCUCCUAGUGCUUAUCCGGGUGGUGGUGGUGGUGCUCCAAAUUUUGUGCAACAACAACAGCAACAGCAACAACAGCCAUACGGUCAACCAGCGGUGCAGUACGGCCCUCAACCUUACGGUGUUCAGCAAUCGGGACCUGUCUCUGGUGCUCAGCAUGGUCAACCUGAGCCGCAGGUCCAACAGCAGAUUCAGCAACAGCAACAGGUACAGCAACAACAGCAACAACCACAACCUCAACAACAACCUCAGCAGCAGCCAGCUGAUACCAACGCUGGACCUCCAUAUGUUUACGAUCCGAACGGUAUAUAUGCAGAUCCUAAUGUACAGGCGUGGGCACAAUACUACGCUCAAGGUGGAAAAGAUCCUACCGGGUCUGUUUACUUUUUGAGCGUACCAGGUAUUAAAGAAGGCCCCCAAUCACAGCAGCCGCAGCCUGUAGCUGCUCAAUCUCACCAGAACGGGAUGGUAGUAACUGGAGGAUCUGGGGGAGCUGGCGUUGAUCAAGAUCAUGGGCAGGGGCACCAACAAGCACAUCAGAUUUAUCAACAGCAAUCCAUGGGAAUGUCGCCUACAUCGAGCACGUUUAAUCCACAGCACCAACAGCAGCAGGCUUCAGGUUCGGUUGAGAGUCUUCCUUAUCCAGGGCCUGCUUCGUCAACUAGAUCGGAUAGUCUCCCUUAUCCAGGGCCUGUUUCGUCGGUUAGAUCGGAUAGUCUCCCCUAUCCAGGACCUGUUUCGUCGGCUAGACUCGAUAGUCUGCCUUACCCAGGACCAGUGUCAGACAGAUCCGACAGUCUUCCGUAUCCAGGACCUGCUUCGCCCCCGCAUAAUGCUAGUACGUCGUCGCUUGGGACCUAUGGCACAACUCCGUACGGCGCUCCAAUCCCUGGUGCCCAGCCUCCCCAAUCCGUUCUUCCGGCUUAUCAACAAACUGUGGAUCACAGAAGUUCAACGGGUUCGUUAACCACUGUUGGUGGUCCGGGAGGUCCAGGUCCAGCCGAUCCCAUCGGUGCUGGUGGUGGAGUCUUCGAUCCAGCCGCUUCCGCAACGUCGGCUGUAUCUCAUUCACCUUCUUCACCUUCCUUGGCCUCUUCAACGCCGUCAUGGGUUCUACCGAAAGUGGAACCGUCGUCUAGGUUUGGUGGUAGUGGUGGUGGAGGCGGCUUUUCCGGUUUACAGUCGCAGAUGAGUGGGUUGAAUCUUGGGCCGAGUGGUGGACAUGGUCAGACUUCUCAAACACCGGGAACAGUUGCUUGAAAUGGAAAAAUACAAGCGGGGAGCGGCACCAUUUACGAUACUUCUUACAUUGACAAGUUGUUCAGUGUUUUCCUUCUACACAUGUACAACAAGACGACCUAUCUAUUUUCGAAUCAUAUUAUUUAUUUUCAUCAC